UGUGUAUAGGAUAGAGAGAGAGUGGGAGAGAGUGAUGGUUCAAGAGAGCGAGAGGGAUGCGACGAUGCUUUGCGCCAUUUUCGGGGAUAAAUUGUUGUAGUGAUGGCACACACAUACACACUGUAGAGCAAGGUUCUACUACGAAUGAAAGUGAAGUGAAUUUUAUACACCCACUAUUUUCUUGCGUUUUUGAAGUAUAAAAGCCUCUGCCCAGGAUCCACAAUAUCAGAUCAUCUCGCAAACUUGAUCCAGUCACAGCACACCAUCCAAAUUCCAAAAGCAAAUCCGUGAAAACUCACCAAAUCCCAAACGAUCAACAUGAAGGUAUUCCUGGUAUUCGCUAGUUUGGCCGCCGUUGUUUUGGCUGAGCCCCCAGCACCAUCAAGCCAAUACUUGCCCUCCAACCAAUAUGGACCACCCUCCAACCAAUAUGGACCACCGUCCAACCAAUAUGGACCUCCGUCUCAGAACUACGGUGCUCCAGGACAGACCCAGGCUGUGAUCAGGCCAAGCAACCAGUACGGUGCCCCAAGACCCGGUGGAAACUACCUUCCCCCGAACAACGGAGGCGGCAACGGUGGAUACGGAUAUGGCGACCAAUCUGAGCCAGCCAACUACAACUUCAAAUAUGACGUUCAGGACGCAGCCUCCGGUAACGACUUCGGACACGAGGAGGCCCGCCAAGGAGACGUCGCCCGCGGCAAAUACUACGUCUUGCUUCCUGAUGGCAGGCGCCAGGUGGUAGAGUACGUCGCUGACAACGAAGGAUACAAGCCGAAGAUCUCUUACGAGCAGGUCGGAAACGGAUACGGAAACGGCGGAUACCAGAACGGCGGUUACCCAUCCGGAAACAACGGCGGUUACCAAUAUUAAUAGCAAUCCAAUUCAUUAGCAGUUAAGAUUUCUUUGGAAACCGGCGGUUCUCGCACGAUUCCUUAAACUUCGUACAUGAACCGCCGACACUUGAGUACCUUUUCAUUGGAGUCCAAGAACUUGGACUGUACAUAUAGCUUUAAAAUACACAAUUAAUUAUUAAUGAGAACAUACAUAUAUAUAUAUACGACGAUAAUGGCGCGACACGAUCCAUGGAUUUUUCUUCUAUCCGUCCAGCGAAACAGCGCGGACAGCCGACAGGUUUCACUAGUUUAUUUGAUGCCAUAUUUAUGGAACGAAAGGCAAUCAGAAUCGGGAACAUGAAGCAUUAUUCUUUAGUCUUAGGUAAUCUUUGUAAUAUUGCAAUUUAAUAUA